GAAAAUAGCUCACAAAUAGUGCAAGCUGAGCACUCAGCUUUGGGCGCUCUUGCGGUCGCCGUUCACAAAUAGUGCAAGCGACCACUCGUUCGCGAUGGGCGCAGUGGGACGAGCAAGGGAGUCUUCAGGCGCGCUUGGCCUUUGGAAAUCUGCAUAGUGGUGUUGCUCCAAGUUUUUGUCCUGUAGAUUGUAGCUCUGACCAAUCUAUCCACUGCAGCUUAUCAAGAACCACAACCAUGCUUGGGCAAUCCCUGCGAGGCGAUGUGGGCCGGUCAGCUUCUGUGAGGUCGUCGCAACCCACUGCGUCAAUCGCGCCCAUCUCAUCUAGGUCAGCAAGCCGGCGCGUGGCCUGCGCGUCCGCACAAUCGACCGAUGUCGCCUCUGAGGCAGUGGCCACGACCAGCGCUGGCGCAGCCCGCUCUGCUGCUCGGGAGGUAUACCAGUUGAGCGAUGCUGCGUGCUGCUCCACCUCUGCCCCCACCGCGAGCACUACUUUUGCUGGCGUCGACCCAACUGUCUUGGCAGCCGUCGCUGGGCUAGGGCUAAGUCUGUUUGCGCUCAAGCGCAUCCUGGACACCCCCUCGCGCAAAUAUGACAACAACGUGGGCCAGGAGUAUGAUGCGUGGACGGAGGAAGGCGUUCUGGAGUACUACUGGGGCGAGCACAUCCAUUUGGGCUAUUAUUCGGACGAGGAGCUGGCGCGCGGGUACCUAAAGAAGGACUUCAAGCAGGCAAAGUUCGACUUCGUGGACGAGAUGCUCCGAUUCAGCGGGGCGAAGAACCCCGCGACCAUCCUGGACGUGGGGUGUGGCUUCGGUGGCACCUCCCGCCACCUGGCCAAGAAGUUCCGCGACGCCAACGUGACCGGUAUCACGCUGUCUCCCAAGCAGGUGCAGCGCGGCACGGAGCUGGCCAAGGAGCAGGGCGUGGGCAACGUCAAGUUCCAGGUGAUGGACGCGCUGGCCAUGGAGUUCCCUGACAACUCCUUUGACCUGGUGUGGGCGUGCGAGAGCGGCGAGCACAUGCCCGACAAGCGCAAGUACAUCGAGGAGAUGACGCGUGUGCUCAAGCCCGGCGGCACGCUCGUCAUUGCCUGCUGGUGCCAGCGCGAGGAGGGCGACAAGCCCUUCACGCCCCAGGACAAGGAGGACCUCCAGUUCCUGUACGACGAGUGGGCGCACCCCUACUUCAUCUCCAUCGCCGAGUUCGGCCGCCUCAUGAACGGCACGGGCAAGCUGGACGGCGUCAAGCUGGAGGACUGGAACAAGAACACCAUCUCGUCCUGGCGGCACAGCAUCUGGGUGGGCGUGUUCGACCCCUGGGUCGUGGUGUUCAAGGGGCCGCGCAUCUGGUACAAGACCGUGCGCGAGAUCGUGACCCUGGAGCGCAUGCACCAGGCGUUCGAGAAGGGCCUGAUGGAGUACGGCAUGAUGACGGCCACGAAGAAGCUGGCACCGGCGAGCGAGUCCGCGGCCAACACGCAGGACCGCGUGCCGGUGGGCGCCAAGGCGUGAGUGAGCAGGAGAGGAGCCAACGCGAUGGGUGCUAGAUGGAAGGAGGGAGAGCGGGAUGGGUGGUGCUAGAGGGGUAGCGGGAAGGUUGAAGUAAGGAGCGGGUGCAAGGGGUAUAGGCAGGAGUGGGAGCGCGAGUCGUGAGACUGCAGGCCAGGAAGAGCGAGGCGUACAUGAGCGGCCACGGCGACGACGUUGGCGAGAGGUGUACGACAAUUUGACGGCGACUCGGCGAGCGGCUGAAUCUGAAGCCUAUGAGGGUUUUGCAUAAGCCCAUUCUAAAGAAGUGUGCAGGGCGGGCGAUGCAAUCUGUGAGGCGCCAUGAUGCUUUCCACGUACCCAAAUAUGAGUGAAUUACCGUAUAGAGCUUAAUGCCGCUUGCGAAGUUCUUGACGUGCGUUUCGUGUGAAGCUGUUUGGAGUGGUCGGCAGAACGGGGCCGGUGGCAGCAGGGCAAGCCGCACACUGGAGUCAAACAUACGAAUGAGCCAUGCGUGUGUGUAACUUGUCCGCGUAAUGGACGUGGUUUAUAGCGCGGCCCUCUUAAUCGUGUCCUGUGGGGGGUGCUGGGCCGUGAAUUCGCACGUUUGCCGGGUUUGUCAGGUGCGUACGAUGGGACAGGGCCAGGGGCAGGAUGGCCUAGUCGCGUACCGAAGUGUUUAACGUGCAGCGUACU